AUGGCAGCUUCUGCCGCCAAUUUCCUCUCCAUCUUCUUUCUGUUUUGCGUUGCGGUGUUUCUCAUCUUUACAUUUUGUUCUGCAUUGCUAUCUUGGAUUUUGAGCCGUAUUUUGGGUGCAUCUGUUGAAUUUUGUGUUGGUGGAUGUAACAGUUUACGGGAUGUGGCUGUGAAGUUUGUAAAGGGUGCUACUGAAUCUGUAUCUAUUGGUGAAAUUAAACUCAGCUUAUUAUAUUCCUCUGUCGAACCUGGUGUGGGUUUUCGUUCUUGGAAUCCAAAGUUGCAAUUAUCAAUAUGCAACUUAGAAGUUGUUAUGAGGCCUACAAGUACAAAUAAAAGCUCUGGGAAGAAGAAAACUAAGAAAUCCAAAACACGUUCAUUAGGCAAGGGAAAAUGGAAGAUUAUUGUCAAUAUUGCAAGAUAUUUUUCUUUUUCUAUGACAGAGCUAGUUCUAAAGACACCUAAAGGUACUGUUGGGAUUGGGAAGGUGAAUGUUGAUAUAUCUAAAGGUGGUGGGCCUGAAUCAAAUUUGUUUAUUAGCUUACAUAUAUUGCCCAUUGUUGUUCACAUUGGUGAUCCUCAAGUUAGCUAUGAUCAAUUAUCUAAAUUUAGUGUUGGAGGAUGCAGUGUUUCUAGCCAGGCAUCUGCUGCUCCUACAGAAAAGCCUUCUGCUCCUUUUAUCUGUGAAAAAUUCUCCGUCUCAUGUGAAUUUGGUCAUCAUAGGGAAGUGAGUAUUGUUAUUAAGAAUGUGGAUGUAUCCAUUGGAGAAGUUACUGUAAAUUUGAAUGAGCGGCUGCUUAUAAAAAAAAAGAGGUCAUCAGAAUCUUCAUCUGGCUCUGAUAGGUCAAGCCUUGAUCCCAUGAGCACAAAACAGUCUUCAACAAAGCAAGAAAAACUAGCACGCUUCAGUUCUUUGUUUCCUGAGAAGGUGGGCUUCAAUCUACCAAAACUGAAUGUGAAUUUUGAACAUAGCGAACAUGGUCUUUCUGUUGAAAAUAGCAUCACUGGCAUUCAAUUUAAUAGCAUCAAAUCACGCUCCAAUAAGCAUAUUGGGGAGAGUACUCGCUUUCAUUUUCAACUGGAGUUCAGAGAAAUUCAUCUUCUUAGAGAAGCCAGCGCUUCUGUCCUGGAGAUAACGAAGGUGAAUUUGGUCUCCUUUGUCUAUGUCCCAGUGCAGUCAACCUCACUUGCUAGAGCUGAAACUGAAAUCAAACUUGGACGUUCACAAUGCAACAUCAUAAUGAGCAGAUUGAAGCCUUGGUUGCGUCUCCACUCCUCCAAAAAGAAAAAAGUGGUACUUCGAGAGGAAGCUUCGGUUGUAAAACCGAAAUCAAAUGAGAGCAAAACCAUCACGUGGACAUGUAAAUUUUCAACUCCUGAGAUAACAAUCGUGCUUUAUAAUAUGGCUGGUUUUCCGGUGUAUCAUGUAAGUAUUUGUACAUAUAUAAUUUCAUUGUUUUAUGAACCAAAACUUGCAUAA